AUGGCAGAGAGUUGGCUGUGCAACCGGGGUCCAAUGGCUCCAAGCAGGAGUCGACUGUGCAACCGGGGUCCAAGCAGGAGCCGACGGAGUCGAUUGGGCAACGGGAGACCAUGUGGGCGUCGAUUCAACUGGAGGCGACCAAGGGCUCACUGUCCAGGUCGGAGUGGAUUCAGCGGGAAACGUCCACGUGGGGAACGGUUCGACGAUUGGGGUCCAAGGGCUGACCGUCCAGGGCUUUUGCGUCCACGUGGUACUCGUCAAAGUGGAUGUUGGCCCCUCGGUCGAUUGGCUCGACUUCGUG